CCCAGAGAGCAGCACUGUCGCCUUGGGGCAGAGGCAGGCCAGCGUGCAGCCCUCUCGCCGAACCUGCAGUAGGCCGCGCGCGAACAAUCUGGAGAACCACUCGUGUUCCGGGAAACUCGUGCGUUGUGCAGUGACAGCACCAGAAAUAAAAUCAGAAAUAAUUUUUUUCAUCUGACUGAAAAACGACAUUACUAUAAAAGAUACCCAUUAAAUUCUUUCAUUCUAAUCUAUUACCAAUCCCUGUCGCCAACACAGACAGCAGUGUGACCAGUGUUGGCAAAGCGGAGAGGAAAGAAAAAGUGAAGGGAAUAUUUGUUUUUGUUUUUUUAUAGGGAAUUGGUGUUAUGGCCCUUAAGUAUUCCCUACUCUUCCUCUUUUUAAUACUCAUCGUGACUGUGCAUCUUUCGUCUGGUCGGAGAAAAAAGAAGCAGCGAUGCCCGAAGAUCCUGCGAGACAACCUGGUGGUGCGCAUCCGCUCCGCUGGGUGGAUCGCCAAGCUCAAAUGCCGCCGCCACUUCACCAUGGUGGAGGGCGACCCCAACCUCACCUGCGUCAGGAACGUGUGGAGAGGCAGGAUCCCCAAGUGCAUCACAUCCGGGUGCGAGAUCCUGCCACAGAUUGCCAACGGGGAGAAGAUGUACCUGUAUGACAACGCCAUGACCAGGUUUUCGUGUUCCCCGGGGUACAGUCUGGAGGGGUCCCCAGCUCUCUCCUGCGACGGCAUCAACUGGAAUGACACAAUGCCAGUGUGCGUGGGCCAGCAGACGGAUAUGCUGGCGUGCGACUUCGAGGACGCCGCCUUGUGCGGGUGGACGGGCGACCCCAAGGCGGACUUCCAGUGGGUGAGGAGCCAGGGCGUGGCGUACCAGGUGGGCACGGCGCCCAAGCGGGACCACACGCUCGACCGACCCGAAGGACACUUUAUGUAUAUAGAUUCCUCGGUGCGUCGAGAGGAGGGGCAGAACGCGCGCUUCUACUCGCCUGUCUUCUCGGGGAACAUCACCUCCGACGGCGCGGCCUGCUUCUCCUUCUACUACCAUAUGUACGGCCACACGACAGGGAGCAUGAACGUGUACAUAAAGCCUGAAGGACAGUCACUGGAGCACCAGGGCCCGGUGUUUCAAGUGAACGGCUUCAAUAACAACCAGUGGUUCCAUGAGGUCUUCAGCAUUAAUGCUUUGAGCGAGAACUUCCAGGUCGUGAUGGAGGUCGUGCACUCGAGUGGAGCGAUGGCUGACGUCGCCGUCGAUGACGUCCGCCUGGCCCGCGGGGACGAAUGCAUCCAGCUGCGCCAGGAGGUCGAGACCAACGACGAUACUGAGACCACUACGACCACCACCACGACCACCAGCCCGACCACCACCACGACCACCAGCCCGACCACCAGCCCGACCACCACCACGACCGCUUCCACGACAACCACCAGCACGCCUCCAACCACCGCCAGGACCACCAGCACAUCUACGCCUUCCACGACGACCACGACUGCUCUUUCUACCACCGCCGCCACAACAACCACACAAACAGAACCUCCUGCAGCUGCCACCGUAACCGGUAAAGAAGAAGCGUCCACCGAUGGGUCACCUGUUACGACACCCAGUACAACGCCCACCUCCACCAGCCACACUGAAGCUACAGUCACGCCCACAGGUUCCCCGCCCGACACUGCAGGAACCCCCACCGCCACAGAGCCCUCCUCCCCGGCCACAGAAAACGCUACCACUCCAACAGACGAAGGACCUUUGCCCACAACCACGCCGCCUGCGAUCGUUUCUGAGAGCACUCCUGCGACGAGCGGCACUACCACCGCCAAGACGACUACAGCAGCUUCUGUGCCACCGUCGCAGCCCAGCUCCACCCCUGCCGUAGUGACCACGCCCGAGGGAACGGAAAACAAGACAUUACCAGUCACUGAAAGUGAAGCCAAAACCUCCCCGUCAGGAUCGGAGGCGCCGUCCGUAACGGAGAGCUCGACCGAGGGCAUCCAGUCCACAGUGACGCCUGUGCAGCCGGUAACGAAGCCUCCAACGACGACGACUAUGACGACGAUGACGACGACGACGGCUUCUACGGAGGAGCCAUCCUGGCCCUCUGCCACGACUCCUUCGCCCACGCCGCCACCAGCUCCCUCCCCCACCACGGCCUCCCUGCCCUCAGUGGCCGCGGGCGCGAAGGACUCCUCGACGUCCACCGCCACCAUCUCCCUGGUCGUCUUCGUGGUGGUCGCCGUCGUGGUCGCCGUCGCGGUGGGCGUGGGCGUGUACGUAUGGCGAAUCCGUCGGCAGGAGAAGCUGCCAGAGGACUCGGAGAUCCGGUUCCUGGCGCGGGACGAAGUGCAGAUGGACGGGAACAUCUUCAGCCUGGGGAGCACUCGGCCGCCCCGGAGCACGGUGGCCUGAGGGUGGCGAGGGCGGCCGGUCAGCUUGCACCAGGACUUCGACAUCGAUUUCGUGCUGGAAGCUAACUAGCCCCCGCAGGCAGACUUCGUGCGGCCGCGCCUCCGCGGGGGCCGUGUGCGAACCGCGCGGGCGAGGGCGAGCGCUCAUCUCACUCACUGAAUGGACGAGGAAUAAAUGAAUAUAUAUACAUAUCUACAUACAUACUUACACACACACACACAAACACACACAC